UAACGAUGGUGUGUAUUGACCGUGGGGAAAAAUCUAAACGUCCAAGCUUGGGUUUGCAACCAAACACCUAGGGUUCGUUCCUUAUUCCGGAUUAGGGUUAACUUAUCAACAUCCCAAACUUGUUCUGGCCUUCAGGGCGCCAAUCAGCCUCGAUAUAAGCCCCUGGAGUAAUGGGUAGCCAAACUGCUAUGAGCAAUGAACGGUCAAGGAUGAAUUGGACUCCAAUAAUGGAACGCUAUUUUCUUGAUCUAAUGGUAGAGCAUUCGCGCAGAGGGAAUAGAGUUGGCCACACUUUCAGCAAGCAGGCUUGGAAUGACAUGCUGGCUAUGUUCAAUGCUAAAUUUGGCUCUCAAUGUGACAAAGAUGUUUUGAAAAGCCGUUAUGCAACAUUGUGGAAGCAAUUCAAUGAUGUAAAGAAUCUUCUUUGUCGCAUUGGAUUCUCUUGGGAUGCUUCUCGUCAAAUGGUUAUAGCGAACGAUUUUGCUUGGGAUGCUUACAUCAAGGUUCAUCCUGACGCACGGGGCUACAGAACAAAAUCAGUGCAGAACUUUGAUGAUUUGUGUGUAAUUUAUGGCUCCACAAUUGCUGAUGGAAGAUAUAGUCUAUCAAGCCAUGAUGCAAGCUUGGAUGACGAAGCACAAAGAUUACAAUUUGGUGAUGAAAUCAGACGCAUUGCCCCAUCCAAUAAUGAGCAUCCAAGAACAGAAUGGACUGCUGCCAUGGAUCAAUUCUUUAUAGAGCUAUUGCUUGACCAGCUGGGCAGGGGCAAUAAGAUUGACAAUUCAUUUAGUAAGAAAGCUUGGACAGAUAUGCUUGAGAUGUUCAAUACAAAAUUUGACUCUCAGCAUGGUAAAAGGUUUUUAAGGCAUCGCUACAGGAAACUGUUAAAGUAUUACUGCGAUGUAACAGUUCUUUUAAAGAAAGGAUUUUCAUGGGAUGAAAAACAACAAAUGCUAGCAGCUGAUGAUAAUGUAUGGAAUGCUUAUGUCAAGGCCCAUCCAUAUGCGCGAGCUUAUAGAAUGAAAACUUUGCCAAACUAUCAUGACUUGGAAUUAAUAUUUAGAAGUGGAUCUGAUGAUGUCAUGAGUAAUUUGCAUCAGGAGAAAAACCUUCAAGAUGAUAUAUCAGAGAUAAACGCUGGUGAUGGAAGAGGGAACAACAACACCAGUGGCACAGAUCGUACAAGAACAUAUUGGACACUUCCAAUGGAUCGUUGCCUCAUUGACUUGUUGUUACAGCAGGUGAAAAAAGGAAAUAAAUUGGGGCAGACAUUCAUUACGCAGGCUUGGAAUGACAUGAUUACUUCUUUUAACAGAAGAUUCAAAUCUCAUCAUGAUAAAGAUAUUUUGAAGAAUCGUUUCAAACAUUUGAGGAGACAGUACAAAGACAUAAACAAGCUUCUUCAGCAGGAUGGCUUUUCAUGGGAUGAUACCCGAGAAAUGGUUGCUGCAGAGGACUGUGUUUGGGAUGCUUAUACAAAGGUGAACUAUUCUACACCAAUAAAGUGUCUCAGUUUUUUUGUAGCUAACAAACAAUUGCUGCAGGUACACCCUGAAGCCCGAACACUUAGGGUUAAAACUUUGCCAGGCUACCGCAAAUUAUGUGUUAUCUUUGGAGAGGAAUGUGUUGAUAAAAGAUACAGCCUUUUGGCAUCUAUUACAAACCCUGGUGGUGAAUUACCAACAUUGAUAACAGGUGAAGGGAAGAAUGGCAGUUUUCCCGGUGUUUAUAAUGCUGCUUCUACAAUAGAGUGGACGGAGUCAAUGGAAUGCUGUUUCAUUGACCUCAUGAUUGAGCAAGUAAAUCAAGGCAAUAGAGUUGGAAAUAGAUUCAAUCAACAAGCUUGGAUUCAUAUGAUUAAAGCAUUUAGCACUAAAUUGGGACUCCAAUGUGAUAAGCAGCUCCUGGAAGAUCAGUAUUUCUGCUUGAUGAAACACCAUGAUGACAUCAGCAGUCUUCUCAGUCAUGAUGGAUUUGCGUGGGAUGAAGCCCUGCAGAUGGUAAUUGCUGAGAAUGAUGUCUGGGAAGCCUACGUCAAGGACCACCCGGAUGCCAUCUUAUAUAGAAAUCGGUUUUUAGAUCUAUACCCUGACUUGUGCAAAAUUUUUGGAAAUAAAGUGUCAGAUGCAAGAGUCAGUACUCAGGGUGAGAUCCAGUGGAUGGAAGCAGACAAUAUUACUAUUGAAAUAGAUAUGGAUGGAACGUGUGGAAAUUUGAUUGUCACUGACAACAAUAAAAUAUCAGGUCAGGAUGCGGAGAGGCCAAAAGAAAAGGAUAUACAUAGAGCUUCUGGAAAUUCUGUUGUGAUGGGCAACACUGAAAUAGUAGAGCAAGAUAACCAAAGACCAAACGAGUUGGAUGGGCCAUCAGUAAAUUUAGCUGUGACUGGCAACACUAAAAUAUCAGACCGAGAUAUAGAAAGACUGGAGGGGAUUGACAUCACUGCCAACGCUUCAAUGUCAGGCCCAGAUAUAGAAAAUUCUGGGAAAAUAAGAAUGGAUGGACCAUCUGGAUAUGAAAUCGUGACUGGAAACACAGAGACAUCAAGCCGAGAUAAAAGAGGGUUAAUGAAAUUUAAUAUGGGCAAAGCGUCUAAGAAAUUAGUUCUGACUGGCAGCACGGAAAUAAAAGAUUAUGGUAAAAAAAGGGGAGGUGAAAUGCCUCCUGACUCCAAACCUCUUGACAAAAAACGAAAAAAAGACCAGAGAAUACGAAAAGCCUUAUCUGAUAUGGCGGAUGCGGUCAAGAAACUCAUGAAUAAGAAAGAUAAUAGCAAUGAUAGAUCUUUUCAAAAUGCUAUAAGUGCACUCCAAGCUAUGCCAGACAUAGAUGAGGAGUUGGUAAUGGAUGCCUGUGAUCUGUUGGAAGAUGAGAGAAAGGCGAAGACCUUUUUAGCUUUGGAUGUUUCUCUCAGAAAGAAGUGGUUGCUGAGAAAGCUGCGAUCUCAAUAGUUGGCUACCAUAGUUGCUAAAGCCAUUUUUCGAAGGUUCUGAAUACUUUUCCUUCUUGAUGGUUAUUCUGGCGUAGUCAUAGAAACAAACUACAAGUAAUUAUGAUUUUGUACAUCUUAGCACGAAGCUCCGUAAUCCAAAGUUUUUAUCUUUGGAAGAUUUUGAAGGCCUUAUCUUUUCUAAUCGUUGGUUUUUAUGUAAAAGCCAAACUGCCCCACGGCCUUCCCAGCGCACGUUAGGCAUCAAAUUGCUGUCCCAAACACACUUAGUAGUUUUGUUCGCUUGAUUUGCUGGUGGUCUCUCUCUAGUGGCCUUGUGAAAAUGCAAGGGCUAUAUGGAACGUUAAUGGCAAAACAGAAGAUGACAUUUUCAGACCAAAACCAUCCGGUUUUAUGCAUUAGAUGCUUCUGAUUUGCCAGCGUACCGCAAGCCAAACUGUGCAGUUUAUUAUGAUGAGAAGGCGAUGCUCCCCGACAGGGGAUGAUUAAUAAUUUAACCAUCAAAGCGUAUUUUAUCUGGUAGACAAAAUCUUGCAACCUGAGCCGUAACGCAUCAUCAAAUGCCGCUGUUUUUAUCAUCCAAAAAAU